GUUUUUUGCCUCUCUUUCUCACGCAGUUCUUGGAGUUCAUAAAAACUUGUGAAUUUGUAUUUGCUGCCUUUGGCAAGUGCGAUUUGCUAGGGUUCUUUUAAGGUGCUAAAUCUUGAAAAAUAGUAGGCAGCGAGCGUUGUCGCUGCUGGUCGGUUUGUGUUUGUGGGAUAACUUUGUCGAGGAUUUUUUUUUUGUCCGUGGAAUCUAAUUAUAUGAUGUUCUUGUGGGUGUGCUUUGAAUUGUUGGAGCGUAGGAUUUGAGGAAGGAUGGAUUUUAAGGGGAUGGGGGGAGCCGGCGGGGAGGUGCCGUUGCCGUCGACGACUCUGACGCGGCAGGGGUCGAUCUACUCGCUGACGUUCGACGAGUUCCAGAGCACGACCGGAGGCUUCGGGAAGGACUUCGGUUCGAUGAACAUGGAUGAGCUGCUUAAGAACAUAUGGACGGCCGAAGAGAGCUACGCCAUGGCCUCAGCACUCGGUGAUUCAAGUGGCGGCGCCGGGGCCGGACUCCAGAGGCAGGGCUCGCUGACCCUGCCCCGAACCCUCAGUCAGAAGACUGUAGACGAGGUCUGGCGGGACCUCGUCGGGCCUUCCUCGUCCGACCAGAGGCCACAUGUAGGCGGUGGCGCAGACAUCCCGCGGCAACACACUCUUGGGGAGAUGACGCUGGAGGAGUUCUUGGUGCGUGCUGGGGUGGUGCGGGAGGAAUUGGCUCCUCAGGUGCCGCAGAGGCCGCCGGACAGCAAAAGUAACAGUACCAACUUCUUUUUUGGCGAUUUGUCGGGCGAGAAAGUGUCCUCUGCUCUUGCACUGGAAUUCAAUCAAGGUACAGUCCGAAGUGAAGGAAACAUAGUGACUCCAAUUCCUCAAGGUUCGGCUGCCAAUUUGGGGAUGGUGAUCACUGCGGCUACACCUUAUGCGCCUACCAUGCCCUUGGGAAAUGGCGUGGACUUGGGGAACCCGCAGGGCAUGGCAAGUGGAGGACUUGUCGGCUUUGGUCAUGCUGGGUUGAACAAUGGAAUGAUAACGGGAAUGGUUGGUCUCGGCACACCAGGAGUCAUGAAGGCAUCAGGAUCACCCGUGAAUCCUCUUUCUUCCGAUGGAUUUGUGAAAGGCAAUGGGGAUCUUUCGUCUGUAUCGCCUGUUCCAUACGCGUUCAAUGGUGGAGUAAGGGUGAGGAGGUCCAGUGGAACUAUCGAGAAGGUUGUGGAAAGAAGGCAGAGGAGGAUGAUCAAGAACAGGGAAUCAGCUGCCAGAUCACGCGCUCGAAAGCAGGCUUAUACUAUGGAAUUGGAAGCUGAAGUAGCAAAACUCAAAGAACAAAACCAAGAAUUGCUUAAAAAACAGACUGAGAUGAUGGAGAUUCAGAAGAAUCAGAUACUGCAGAUGAUCAAUUGGCAAAAUGAACCAAAAAAACGUUGCUUAGGGAGGGCACAGACAAGUCCAUGGUAGAGAAAGGCAUCAGAACUGCUAGUGUCAUCGCCAUAUUCUCGUUUGUAGGUUAUUUUUGUAUAUGUGUAGGGGUUGGGUCACUUGAUGUAAGCUACAAAUCAUGAUCUUGUAGAAGUUGCUUCUAGCCCGUCUUCUGUUGUAAGAGCGAUCUUCUUUCUUGUAUUCUCUCCAUUUUAGAGGGUCAUUUCGUACUUUCCUAUAGGACUAGUUAUUUUCAUGCUCAUUAUGGCCUUCUCACAUGCAAAGAUCACUUUUUAAGGAUCGCAUGCUUGAGACUGGCUGCUAAAGAUGGGCAUAUUGGUUUUCCAGUCCUCAUGUGCUCCUCUAACGUAUGUGUUCUUUGAGUUUCUUGUUAUGUACCUGAAGCAUCUAGGGAAGAUGCAGAUGAAUGAGUAGAAUUGGUGACUUUUGUCUUCUUAA